AUGGCGUCCCUGGCAGUCAACCCAGUUAUAGCUUCCUCAACAACUGCAAGAAAUGGCAGCUCAUCCUACGCUCCUUCCCACAAACUUAACCUACGCACCUCCCACCUAGCAGCAUUCCAAUCAAUCUCCCAUCUUCUCACUUAUUCCCCAUCCUGUCCCUAUGCCUUCAAAAAACUCCAUAAACCCCAUAUCUUUCUCCCCCACUUAGUUGCUUCCCUGGAAGUUGAAGAGACUUAUAUUAUGAUUAAGCCAGAUGGGGUUCAGCGUUGCCUUAUUGGAGAAAUAAUUUCAAGAUUUGAGAAAAAGGGGUUUAAGCUAAAAGGAUUGAAGCUCUUCCAAUGCCCCCAAGAAUUAGCUCAGGAGCAUUACAAGGAUCUGCAGUCGAAGCCAUUCUUCCCGAAACUGAUUAACUACAUUACCUCGGGUCCUGUCGUGUGUAUGGCCUGGGAGGGUGUUGGUGUCGUUGCAUCAGCUCGUAAGUUAAUUGGAGUGACAAAUCCGCUUAAUGCUGAACCGGGCACAAUCAGAGGAGAUCUUGCAGUUCAAACUGGAAGGAAUGUGGUUCAUGGCAGUGACAGUCCUGAGAAUGGCAAGCGUGAAAUAGCUCUCUGGUUCAAAGAGGGAGAACUAUGCGAAUGGACACCAGUUCUAGAGCCAUGGCUGACGGAAUAG